CUUCGCUCACACACCGAGAGGAAGAUCUUAGAGAGAACACAUCACUGAAUCCGUCACUGACAGCCUUUAUUUCUGUUCACAUUUAUUUACUUCUUACUGAUUUAUUAUGGGUCUUAUCUUCUCCGCCAUUUUUUCACGUUUCAUCAACAAGAAGGAGAUGAGAUUGCUGAUGGUUGGUCUGGAUGCAGCCGGAAAGACUACAGUCCUCUACAAACUCAAACUGGGGGAAGUCGUCACAACCAUUCCUACUAUUGGCUUUAACGUUGAGACGGUCGAGUACAAGAACAUCUCCUUCACUGUGUGGGACGUCGGAGGACAGACUGUCAUUAGACCGCUCUGGAGACACUACUAUCAGAACACCAAGGGCCUCAUCUUUGUGGUGGACAGCAGUGACCGUGAGCGCAUCCAGGAAGCUGCUGAAGAGCUGCACAUGAUGCUUGAUGAAAAUGAGCUGAGGGACACCAUUGUGUUGGUUCUUGCUAACAAGCAGGAUUUGCCUAAUGCCAUGCCGGUUCACGAGAUGACCGAGAAGCUCAGAUUGCACGCCAUGAAGGGACGAGAUUGGUACAUUCAGUCGACCUGUGCGACAAAUGGAGAAGGUUUAUAUGAAGGACUGGACUGGCUUUCAAAUCAGCUCUCCAAACGAUAAAAUCUGAUCCGUUGCACUAAGUGAAUUUAUUUGAAAAAUACUGUACUGUAUAUAAAUGUGCCAAUAACACUGUGAAUAUUAUGAUAAUGUAAUAUAGCACUUUUCUUUUUCUGAAAUUUUACACUAUUUAUGGUUUAUUGUUUGUCUCACAAAUAAUUGAUUAUGCCAAAUGUAUGGAAAUAAAAAUAUCUAUUUUUUAAAAUA